AUGAACGUGCUCGGUUGGGUUGGCCUACUCUGCUUGUGGGUCGGCGUGAGUUACGGUAGGUGUGAUCUUUGGUUGAAAAAACUUUUCAGCCAAGAUUUCAUUGAGUGGUUCAUUGAUUAUCGGCAGUAGCGAGGAAACCACCCCCACCACGCCCACAACUCCAACUACCCCAACCUCGGCUUCAUGCGUAGAUGGUGCGAUUAACUGCCCUCAAUUCGCUAGUCAAUGUAGCUCAAGCAAAAUGCAAAAAUACUGUAAACAAACCUGUGGGGCAUGUACAUGUAAGUUUUUAAGCAAUUUUGUCAAGGUUUGGAAGUGGGAGUUGAGUGGAAGAUUAGUAAUGUAAUUUUAACUGAAAAUCUUCCACUCAACUUCCAUUUUCAAAAUGUCUUGAAAUGGCCUUAAAACACGUUUUUAGCACUUUUUGGAAGUGGAAGUUUAGUGGAAGAUUUUCAGUGCAAAAUACACUACAAAUCUUUCACUCAACUUCCACUUCUUUAAAUACCUCAUUUCCGGUCGUUUUUUCAGCAGUAAACGAAGUUUUUGACAUAUCCGAAUGUCAAUAAGCCUUGUCAUCAUUUUUAUAAAUUUUUUUUUCACUUUUUCAUUUUCAGGCGUGGACGGUGCGACAAACUGUGCCCAAUUUGUCAGCCAGUGCAGUUUGCCCAAAAUGCAAUCGAAAUGUAAACAAACUUGCGGACUUUGCUGA